CACGGGCAUUGAUCGGCGCGUACCUUUUGUCAUCUCCCCGUCCAUCUCUUUCCUCAAUCUCGUCUUUCUCUCGACUCUCGCUGCUCCGCAUCCCCUCACAGCCUACGCUCACCAUGAGCGACGACCCAGGCCCUACCCCGCCCCUCCUCGCCGCCGCCGUUCGCUGUCUCAAGGCCCGCCGCGACCAGUUGGCCCUAUACACCGCCGCCGUCGAGGGCCUGCUCACUGAACUCGCGGACGAUGUUGGCACCCUCGGCGCGCAGGAGGCGUGGGAGCCUGCUGUUGUCGCCGGUAUGAGCGACUGGGCGUGCGAUCGCGGCAACGUCUUUCGAGCGCUGAGGAGGGCGCACUUCGACGACGCCAAGGCCCACGCCGCCCUCCUUGCCUGCUGUGCAGCGCGCAUCGAGCGUGGCCUCUCGGGCGCAAUCCCACCGCCGCCCGCACCAGGCCUGUUCGCCAUGCUACCCCUCUCCCAAACCGACAGACUAGGCCAUCCCGUUGCGGUCCUCACGAUCCGCGAUGUGGUCCGCGACGAAGCCGGCUCCCUCGCCGAGCUCAAGGACUGGGUGUGGUUCGGACUCGAGAUGGUCCGCCGCGUUUUGGCAGACUACUGGGUCGCACAUCGGCACGGGACGGGCGCCGAGGGCGCGGUGCUCCUCAUUGAUGCCAAGGACGCGGGGUAUCGCAAUCUUGAAGUCGAGGUCCUCCCGACGUUAUUUUCCGUCGGCCACAACUCGUUCCCCGGGCUAUUCGAGAGUGUAUACAUCGUCAACGCUGGCUGGAGUCACCGCACCAUGUGGAACUCGAUCGUCAAACGUCUGCUUCCCAAGUCUGCGCUCGACAAGGUCGUGUUCCUCGAAAGCAAGGAUCAGACGGCCCAGGUCUUCAACCUCGACCAAUUGCCGACAGCGUAUGGUGGCAACGGACACGAACCUGACCCGGAAAUCAUGUUGCGCCGCUACUCCAUCGCUCGGCCACACCCGUAUUCGCGUCCUGGAUCGCGAGCUGCGUCACGCGCGCCAUCACGCGGUCCGUCUCGGGCUGUAUCGCGCGCCGCGUCGCGAGCAGGCAGCAGAGCGCCCAGCCGCGAUCCACCACGCCGCGCGGUGCCCAGCAGAACUGCCUCCACAUCCAGCAUCGCCGACGUGUACUACACAGCUCCACCAUCACCGGCCCGGUCACGCCCGCCAUCGCGCCGGAACUCCAGCCACACACUCUCAGGCCUGAGCAACAAGCUUGCUAUGACGAAACAGGGCGGGGAUGUCGACUUUCUCUCUGAGCAGCAGAUGCUCGUGGUGGACACAAACAUCUCCACCACCCAGCGCAUCAAAUCCCUCUCUGACUUCCACCUGUACCUCUCCCCAUCACGGCUCGCGCAUCGCGAUCUCCUCUCUGAUUCUGAGGACGACGAGCCGCCACCUCAGCCAAUAGUGCAGCGCCGACGCACCCUGCGCCCAGCAAUGCUCGAGCUCGGGGCAGGCUCAAUCGCCGCACGUCGAGCCGCGCGUGUAGGCGUUCCUACCCCGGCCCGCGCCUCCACUCCCGCCGAGUACGCGACUAUGCUGCAGGCGCACCAUGCGCGAGGUUUGGAACAGUACUACAGCCCGGAGCAGCAUGAGGUGAUCGAGGCCAUGUCCUCGCCUGAGCACAGCGACGGCCCCGAGUCCCCGCAGUCGCCGCUGGCUAUUGAAGCUGCCCCCGAAGACGAUGGGGAACAAGCGGUGAACAAUUCCUCACCCUCACCUGAACCCGAACCUGAACACGAACCCGAGUGUAAACCCCAACAAAUACUGGCGCCUACCCCGGUGCGCCCAGCGGAAGCUGAGGCGCCCGAUGUGCAGUUCUCCUCUUCGAAUCCAUGGUUCGGAUACCCGGUUGUGCGCGUCCCACACGCCACAGGUGACGGGUACGCGAUCCGGCCGCGCUACGGACGCAACCGAAAGCGCGACCUCGCAAAGACGCUGCUCUGGCUCUUCGUGCUGCGCCUCCAAGCCUGGCGCAGCGCGGUCGAGCGGGCGCUCGGCUUGCCGCGCCUCGCGGCCCUCCUCUUCCCGCGCAAGCACGAGGAACACGCGACGCCCGACCAGGGCUUGCGUGCAGUCGCACGCACGCGCGCGUACGCGCCCAAAACCGCCGUCGUCAAGCGCGACCGCGACUGGAUAUGGAUGGUGAUCGGCUUCUUGCUGCUGCGCGGGACGUGGGCGCGCCUCCUGGGUCCGUUGGAGAACAUGGGUCUCGGCGUGCUCCGCGACCUGCUGGGCCUCGUAUAGUUGUAUUUUGUUGUUGUAAUGUACUGCUUGAAAGAUGGA